CAUCCUAGCAUAAACCAGUAGCAGUGUAAUUUAUCGUCACUCUACAAAAACAGCAAAAAUCAAGAAAUGAUCCACUCAACCUUGCUACCCACCUCAAAUUUCACUAACCCUCUUCAAUUUCCCACAAAAAAGACCAAUCCCCAGUUCAAAUCAUCAGUUAGUAAUACCAAAACCGAUGUAGGGUACAAUUUAAUUCAUACACAAACAAAUCAGAAUCCCCAUAAACCCAUAAAUUUGCAGUCAUUAGGAUUCUGCAAAUGUGGAAGACGACAUUUUCUGGAGUCAAUUGCGAGCACUGUGCUUCAUACUUCACUCCCCUCUCUUGCGUCAGGGUUAGAGCCUGACUCGGCUUCCAUGGAGAUGUUAAAGAAAAUUCACCCUCCAAGGCCAGAUUGGUACGAGGAAUUCUAUGCGUCGGUUCUGAACAACAGCAUGAAAGAAUAUGAGUCUGAGGUUGCAGUUUACAAGUCUCAGCUCUUUGAUAAGUUGAGGGGACAAGCCAAAGAAGUUCUGGAGAUUGGCAUAGGGACAGGUCCAAACCUUAAGUACUAUGCCAGUGAUGCGAGCAUGGUUUUUGGCAUUGAUCCGAACAAAAAGAUGGAGAAGUAUGCCAGAGGAGCAGCUGAUGCUGCUGGUCUUUCACCAGAAAAUUUCAAAUUCGUACAAGCAGUAGGGGAAGCUUUGCCACUGGAUGAUGCUUCUGUUGAUGCUGUCAUUGGAACACUUGUAUUAUGUUCUGUUAAAGAUGUUCAUGAGACUCUUCAAGAGGUAAAGAGGGUGCUUAAACCAGGGGGGCUCUACUUGUUUGUGGAGCAUGUGGCAGCAAAGGAUCAAACAUCUCAGAGGCUUUUACAGAGAAUUCUCGAUCCGUUACAGCAGCUGCUAGCUGAUGGUUGUCAUCUGACAAGGGAAACAGGGAAAUACAUUUCUGAAGCAGGCUUUUCUAGUGUCGAUAGCAACACGGGGUACAUAUCGAGUGCCCUGUUUAUAAACCCGCAUCUCUACGGGAUCGCUCAGAAAUGACUCUCCAUGAAGUACAUUUCUGAAGCAGGCUUUUCCUGAUUUGAUUAUAAAGGUGUUUAUAGACAAGCAAAGAGCAAAGAUAAGUGGGUUGGUUGGUUGGUUGGAUAUCUUAAUCAAUCAGAUUUGGUGCAGAGUUCCUAGCCUCUAAAAUGUAAUACUAUCAUGAUGAAUUUGUUAAUUUCAUAGGUUAAUUUCUUUUUGUAGUCAGAAAUGCAAAUGAUGUUCAUCAGUCAUCAUUAUCAGCAGAUAAGGUCACUACAAGUCAACGAUAUAGAAUGUUGCUAGUUGA